AUGUCGCCAAAAACAGCCACUCUCUCCUUGGCCCUCCUCGCACUCACUCUCACUCAAACACUAUCCUUCGCGCAUGCCCUCUGCCCGGGCUUUGCUUCAAUCCCUGAGAUCUUGAACCAGUAUGAAUUACCACCCUCGCUUUUCCCGGAUGAUGUGCAGAGCUACAACUGCCAUAGUUUACCCAACGACUCCCUCAGUUUAACGAUUAACUUGAAGGGUGCUUGUACCGUGACAAAGGCUUUAGGCCCUGUAAAAAAUAUACUCGAGUGCCAACCAACGAUUUCGGCCACCAUAUCUACUGGAAAACUCAGCGACGUUAAGGGAGUCACUGUCCAACUCUAUGUUGAAGUUCUCCCUGGGAUUGUUGUCCCAUUUGGUCCGCUCAUGACCAUAACCGGUGCCAUACGUGUUUUCGAUGAACAAUACAACUUAACUUGUUUAAAGUUUACUUCAAACGAAGGUGAUAGUCCAUGCUUUCCUUACUCUUCGUUCCCUAAGGAUCCCACCAAAUGUGAUAUCUCUGCUGCCAACACCAACCAAGAUAUUCCUCUUCUUCUCGCUUAA